AUGUUCAAGCUCAACACCCUCACUUUCACUGCCCUCGCAGCCAUUGUCAUCUCCCAAGCUGCUGGCGCCCCUGCCAACCAUCCCCAUCCUCAUCCUCACCCGCACCCUCACCCUCACCCAAGCCCAAGCCCAAUGACGUCGCCCGUCACGACCGCCUACAUCACAGAGACUGGGUCCGUUGCGACGACUCGAACCGCGGGGCCACCAGACAUGCCCAGCGUCAUCGUGGACAUGCCUCCCCCUGACUCAAGCAUGUCGCCGUCCUCCAGUGGGCCCUCGUCGGUGCCGACUGCGACAUCGACGGUUCCUUACAAUGGAACCACGACGGCCACAACCACAAGCUCAGGGAUCGUCGUCGUAGAGACACCCUGCACCGACCCCGCGGGCUACAUCUGGGCACUCUACACCAAGGACUACACCAGUGCCGACGACCCGGAUUACGACGCCUCAUCCGACUUCCAGACAGAGGAGCCCGACGUGACGGGCGUGACCAACAAGGUCACCUUGAGGACGGAGACCGAUGACAACUCCAUCUACGGAAAGGAGGCGGACACCUCCUCAUUCGCUCUCAACAUCAAGACGUACCUUCACGCCCAAGAGAGCGGCACCUACACUUUCCAAUUGGGCAACGAGGACGACGAGCUCCGCCUCUGGGUAGGUGACGGAGCCUACACCGGGUACAAUGACAACAAUCGCGACGCAAAUGUCUACCGGUCCAACGGAGAGAAUGGGAGUGGCAACUAUACCGUCGACCUAAACGAGGGACAAUACUACCCUGUCCGCCUCCUCUUCUUCAACAAGAACGGCCAGUCAACCUUGAGCUUGAACGCAAUCAGCCCAAACGGAACCAUCAUUGACGGAAACGAUGGGAGCGGCUUCGUGCAAUACGGCUGCGACCCCAGGGAGAAUGCUCCGCGGUUCAAGGACUUCGGCAACGAGGCUUAA